ACUGAAAGCUUCAGCAGAUGGCACGCUUCAGUGGAGAAGAGCAUCGAAAAAUUUGUCUCCCAUGGCGAAGCCCGUUCAAAUCGAAGUGUGGAACCCGAAUGGGAAGUACAGGGUUGUGAGCACCAAGCCCAUGCCUGGAACUCGCUGGAUCAAUCUCUUGAUUGAGCAAGAUUGCCGACUCGAAAUUUGUACUGAGAAGAAGACGAUUCUGUCUGUGGAGGAUAUUCUCGCUCUCAUCGGCGAUAAGUGCGAUGGCGUUAUUGGACAGUUGACUGAAGAUUGGGGAGAGGUGCUGUUUUCUGCACUGAGCAGAGCAGGAGGGAAAGCUUUUAGUAAUAUGGCUGUUGGUUACAAUAAUGUUGAUGUUAAUGCUGCUAAUAAGUAUGGUGUUGCUGUAGGAAACACUCCAGGAGUGCUUACAGAAACUACAGCAGAGUUGGCAGCUUCACUUUCUCUUGCAGCUGCAAGAAGGAUAGUUGAAGCUGAUGAGUUCAUGAGGGCAGGUCUCUAUGAGGGAUGGCUUCCCAAUUUGUUUGUUGGAAACUUGCUGAAAGGGCAGACUGUGGGUGUGAUUGGAGCGGGUCGUAUUGGAUCUGCUUAUGCAAGAAUGAUGGUAGAAGGAUUCAAGAUGAACUUAAUCUACUAUGAUCUUUACCAGGCAACCAGACUCGAAAAGUUCGUUACAGCCUAUGGUGAGUUCCUGGUAGCCAACGGUGAGGCACCCGUGUCAUGGAAAAGAGCAACAUCCAUGGAUGAGGUGCUCCGAGAGGCCGAUGUGAUAAGUCUUCAUCCAGUACUCGAUAAAACCACUUACCAUCUGGUGAACAAAGAAAGUCUUAAAGCCAUGAAGAAGGAUGCAAUCCUUAUCAACUGUAGUAGGGGACCUGUCAUCGACGAAGUAGCCCUUGUCGAGCAUUUAAAAGAGAAUCCAAUGUUUCGAGUAGGCCUUGAUGUCUUUGAGGAUGAACCAUACAUGAAACCCGGGCUUGCUGAUAUGAAGAACGCGGUUAUUGUUCCUCACAUUGCUUCCGCUUCCAAGUGGACUCGUGAAGGAAUGGCGACAUUGGCUGCUCUUAAUGUCCUGGGAACGAUCAAAGAUUAUCCUGUUUGGGCCGAUCCAAACCGGGUAGAACAGUUCCUUGACGAGAACAUUUCCCCUCCAGCUGCAUCUCCGAGCAUUGUGAAUGCAAAAGCCUUGGGAUUGCCUGUUUCAAAACUGUGAGGCAAAAGGUCUUUCAGUACAAAUUGCAAGAACUAUAGCUAUGGAGGUAAAUGGAGAUUGUAUUUUCUGAGUGAAAUUGAUGAAUGUAAAACUCUGGACAAUUGAUUAUAAUGUGUAAUCUAUCUUGCUGUCCAUCUCUCUUUUGUUUCAGCAAGUCCAUUACUUGGUUCUACAACAUCAAAUAAAUUAGGUUGAAUUAUAUUUUUUUGUCCA